AUGGAAUUCAGCUUCGCAAUCGUCAGCGCGUUGGUGCUAUUUUUCAUCACGAACUACGCCUGGCGGCUAGCUCGCAAUGUCAGCGCCGCAAAGGCCACCGGGUUGCCUUUCUUGAUAUACCCGAUUGAUCCAAGUAACAUAAUCUGGCUAUUGACGACCGUCCCUUUACGACCGUGGCUGAGGAGCAUUCUCCCAACACGGAUAUGGAAUCGUCUUACGCUGACGAUUUAUGGCUGGGAUUUUUAUGAGAAGCGCCGCCCGUUCGAUGAAUAUGCAGCCCCUCAAGGCAACCCAAAGUCAUUUUUGGUCGCCAGUUGUGGACCGUUGGAGCUCUGGACCGCCGAUCCGAUCGUCGCCACAGAUGUCCUGCGACGAACAGAUGAUUUUAAGAUGCCGCCACUGGUUGGGGUUCUGUUAGGGCAAUUUGGCCAUAAUGUUCUUACGACAAAUGGGCAAAUAUGGGCGAAGCAGCGUAAAGUUGUGGCCAGUGUGAUCAACGAACGUAUCUCCAAGACUAUCUUUGAUUCAGCGAUAUGUCAGACCACGGGGAUGUUAGAUGAGCUUUCUUCUACUGAAAGCGAAGUCGAAAGGCGCUCUAUUGAAACGAUAAAAAUGUUUGAUAUGAUCAAGCGGAUUACAAUUCAUGUUCUCAGUGAAGCUGGCAUGGGUGCAAAGACACCAUGGAAGGAAAAAGAUGACUCGGACAACAAGUCCGAAUCGGGAUUCAAAAUGACAUAUAUCGAAGCUUGCAAGAUUGUCAUGGAAUCUGUUACUGGUCCGAUAGUUAUCCCAACAGGUGUACUUUUGAACUGGCCAUUCUGGCUACCAGGACAUGGAUUUAUGAAACAACUGGGAAUUGCAAAGCGCGAGUUUCCGAUGCACACUGAGAUCCUGCUUAACCAAGAACGCCAACGUAUGUCAGGCAAGGAUGCAGCAUCAGAAAAAAGCAACAUUAUGAGCCAUCUCCUGCAAGCGUCAGAUGAACAAUCGAGCGAGUUAACAUCUCUCAGCAGGGAUGAGUUAAACGGCAACCUCUUUCUUUUUACAGCAGCUGGUUUUGAGACGACAGCAAAUACUCUCUCAUAUGCCAUAGUUUUGCUUGCUAGGUAUCCUAGAUGGCAAGAGUGGCUUUUUGAAGAGGUUGAUGCCCUGCUUUCCCCAGACGCGUCGGAGACUCCAGAGUAUUCUGCUGUCUUUCCGCAGGCAUCACGACUUAUGUCAGUCAUGCUAGAGACGUUGCGUCUGUACACACCUGUCGUUCAUGUUCUCAGAACGAACGAGACAACUCAACAGAUAAAGACAAGUAAGGGCAUAAUUGCCCUUCCGGCCAACUCGUCUGUGAUUAUCAAUCAUAUUGCACUACAUCUUGAUCCUGAAGUUUGGCCCGAUAUCAACCGCGGUUCCGAUCCAUCAUGGGUCAAUGCAAAUGAUGAAGGAAUUCCCGAUGAGACCAUUUUCCGGCCUUCUCGCUGGAUAAACCCUGUCGGGUCUCCACGUCCCAUAUAUCAACCACCAAAGGGGUGCUUUCUUCCCUGGGGUCAAGGCCCUCGUAUCUGUCCAGGACAGAAGAUGGGCCAGGUUGAGUUCGUUGCCGUCAUGCUAAAAUUGCUCCAACAACACCGCAUAGAUGCUGUCCCGCUCACGGGAGAGAACUCAAGGGAUGUUGAACAAAGAUUGGAUGAGCUGUUGAGAAAUAGUAUUCCAAAGAUGACCUUGAUCAUGGACGGAAUUUAUAAUGUGGGUACGACAGGAGGUGUCAGAAUGCGCUUGACAAUACGAUAG